AGCAUCGGUCGUUGCAUUUCGCAUAUCGAGUACUAACUCAACAUUUCUUUGCAUCUUCAAACCCCACCCUCUUUCUCUCUCACCAUUUACAGAGGUUGCUAUCAUUGGAGCAGAACCUCCCUCUGGAUCUUAAUCUAAAUCGACACUCGAAGGCCUUCAAAUCUCUCAAUUCGGACGGAGAUUCGGUCUAGUUCUCUCUCUGUUCGAGUUGUCUUGCCGGAUCUCCCACUGGGAUCUUAGGGUUCAGGAUUCAGUCACGGAUUUCCAAUCAAGAGGCUAAAUUUUAAUCUUCAACAAUGCCUCUCAGGCUCGAGAUCAAGAGGAAACUUGCUCAAAGAUCAGAAAGAGUAAAAUCCGUGGAUCUGCAUCCAACAGAGCCAUGGAUCCUCACAAGUUUGUAUUCAGGAACAGUCUGCAUCUGGGAUUACCAGUCUCAGGCUAUGGCAAAAUCCUUUGAGGUUACUGAAUUACCAGUCAGAUCAGCAAAGUUUGUAGCCCGCAAGCAGUGGGUUGUUGCAGGAGCAGAUGACAUGUUUAUCCGUGUGUACAAUUACAAUACAAUGGAUAAAGUCAAAGUAUUUGAGGCACAUACAGAUUACAUUCGGUGUGUGGCUGUCCACCCUACCCUCCCAUAUAUACUUUCAUCUUCUGAUGAUAUGCUUAUUAAGCUUUGGGACUGGGAAAAGAGUUGGUAUUGUACUCAGAUCUUUGAGGGACAUUCCCAUUAUGUCAUGCAAGUGACAAUCAAUCCUAAAGACACCAAUACUUUUGCCAGUGCAUCACUUGAUCGCACCAUAAAGAUAUGGAAUCUUGGGUCUCCUGAUCCUAACUUUACACUAGAUGCCCAUCUCAAAGGAGUGAAUUGUGUGGAUUAUUUCACGGGUGGUGAUAAGCCUUAUCUAAUUACUGGAUCAGAUGAUCACACUGCUAAGGUAUGGGAUUAUCAAACCAAAACUUGUGUUCAGACUUUAGAAGGUCACACACACAAUGUUUCGGCUGUGUGCUUUCACCCUGAGCUGCCAAUAAUAAUCACAGGUUCUGAGGAUGGUACUGUACGUAUAUGGCAUUCAACUACUUAUAGACUUGAGAAUACUUUGAAUUAUGGACUCGAAAGGGUUUGGGCUGUUGGAUACAUGAAAGGUUCACGAAGGAUUGCUAUUGGGUAUGAUGAAGGGACUAUAAUGGUGAAAGUUGGUAGGGAAGAGCCUGUAGCUAGCAUGGAUAACAGUGGAAAAAUUAUAUGGGCUAAACAUAAUGAAAUUCAAACUGUUAACAUUAAGAGUGUGGGAGCUGAUUUUGAGGUCUCCGAUGGAGAGAGGUUGCCUUUAGGAGUUAAAGAAUUGGGAACAUGUGAUCUCUACCCACAAAGCUUGAAACACAACCCAAAUGGGAGGUUUGUUGUUGUGUGUGGUGAUGGUGAAUACAUCAUAUAUACAGCUUUGGCAUGGAGAAACAGAUCCUUUGGGUCUGCAUUGGAGAUUGUUUGGUCAUCUGAUGGUGAAUAUGCUGUUAGAGAGAGCACAACUAAGAUCAAGAUUUUUAACAAAUCUUUUCAGGAAAAAAAGAGUAUCCGACCAACAUUUUCUGCUGAACGCAUAUUGAUUCAAAGGAUUGAUGUCAAUGUCAAGAACCUUUACUGGGCAGACAGUGGUGAUAUGUUAGCAAUUUCCAGUGAUUCAUCAUUCUAUAUAUUACAGUACAAUCAUGAUGUAGUGUCUGCACAUCUAGACAGUGGAAGAUCUGUAGAUGAGCAAGGUAUUGAAGAUUCCUUUAAACUUCUAUAUGAAGUGAGCGAAAGAGUUAGAACUGGAUUGUGGGUUGGUGACUGUUUUAUUUACACUAAUUCUUCAUGGCGACUCAAUUACUGUGUUGGUGGCGAGGUGACCACAAUGUUUCAUUUGGAUCGCCCAAUGUAUCUCCUAGGAUAUCUAGCUAAUCAAAGCAGGGUUUUUCUCAUUGACAAGGAAUUCAAUGUCAUUGGAUAUACAUUGCUGCUCACCUUGAUCGAGUAUAAAACACUUGUGAUGCGUGGCGACCUAGACAAAGCUAGUGCUGUAUUGCCUUCAAUUCCAAAGGAGCAUCAUAACAGUGUUGCUCAUUUCUUGGAGUCACGUGGAAUGAUUGAUGAAGCUUUAGAAGUUGCUACAGAUCCUGAUUAUAGAUUUGAACUGGCCAUUCAGCUUGGUAAACUAGAGAUUGCAAAGGAUAUUGCACUAGUAGCACAAAGUGAGUCAAAAUGGAAGCAGUUGGGUGAAUUAGCUAUGUCUACUGGACUGUUGGAAAUGGCUGAAGAUUGUUUGAAACAUGCAAACGAUUUAAGUGGUCUGCUUUUGCUGUAUUCUUCUCUGGGAGAUGCUGAAGAGAUCGCAAAACUUGCACUUGUUGCAAAAGAAAAUGGAAAAAACAAUGUUGCUUUUGCUUGUCUAUUUAUGCUGGGUAAAUUGGAAGACUGUUUACAGUUGUUGGUGGACAGCAACCGGAUACCCGAGGCUGCUCUGAUGGCACGGUCUUAUCUUCCAAGCAAGGUUUCAGAAAUAGUUGCUCUUUGGAGAAAAGACCUUAACAAGGUUAAUCAGAAAGCAGCAGAAUCAUUAGCAGAUCCUGAAGAGUAUCCAAAUAUGUUUGAGGACUGGCAAAUUGCACUUGAAGUUGAAGAAAGAGCUACAGAAACAAGGAGUAGUUACCCUCCAGCAGAAGAGUAUGUGAAUUAUGUUGAUAGAUCACAUGUGAAUCUUGUGGAUAUUUUUAAACACAUGCAGUUGGAUGAUGAUGAACCACAUGAAAACGGAGAGUUGGAUCAUGAGGAGGGUGUAGAAGGAAACGGAAAUGAAGGGGAAUAUGUUGAUGGUCAAGAAGAAGAAGAAGAAAGUGCAGCAGCUGGAAAUGCAAAUGCAAAUGCAAUGGAUAACGAUUCUUCAGAUGGGGCAGUUUUCCCUAAAAGCAAUUGGUUGGGGCUAAUUUUAUUGCUGUGCUUACACCACGUCACCAAGUCGAUUAAAGAUGUUUCCUGCUUUAUGCAACUUCUUCAGGUACCUGUUCGUGGUGUAAUUUUGGUUCAUAUACCGACCCAAAGGAACGGCGACACAACCGUGAUAACGCAACCUCCCAACACCUCCAAGAAUCAGAAUCUUACUUCAAUCCAGUAG